UUUGGCAUUCGCCCGGAAAUUAUUAUUUACUCGAAUAAACAGAAAUUAAAGCAGCUGCAUAUCUAAUAACUAAUUUAUUAUUCCAUAGCUUUAAAAAUCGACAGACGUUGCCAUGGGCUUCCUAACAGUAUUGAAAAAGAUGCGCCAGAAGGAGAAGGAAAUGCGCAUAUUACUCCUAGGUCUGGAUAAUGCCGGCAAGACCACGAUCCUAAAGCGCUUUAAUGGCGAGCCCAUUGACACCAUCUCGCCCACCCUGGGUUUCAACAUAAAAACCUUGGAGCACAAUGGGUACACCCUGAAUAUGUGGGACGUGGGUGGCCAGAGGUCCCUGCGAUCCUACUGGCGGAACUACUUCGAAUGCACCGAUGGUCUGGUCUGGGUGGUGGACAGUGCUGACAGGAUGCGCCUGGAAUCCUGCGGUCAGGAGCUGCAGAUUCUGCUCCAAGAAGAGCGCCUGGGAGGAGCCACCCUCCUGGUUCUGUGCAACAAACAGGAUCUUCCCGGUGCCCUCUCAUCAAAUGAAAUAAAGGAGAUACUUCAUCUGGAGGAGAUUACCACGCAUCAUUGGCUGGUGGCCGGAGUUAGCGCGGUGACCGGUGAGAAGCUUCUGAGUUCCAUGGACUGGUUGAUAGACGACAUAGCCAAGCGUAUAUUCACUUUGGAUUAAAUAAAUCUUAUCUUACUCCCUUA